ACAGAUGUGACGUAGGAAUUUGUAAAAAAAAACUGGAGUUCUCGCAUCUCCACCUCCUUGCCGAAAGCAUCCACCGGAUCCUUCCGCGCCGUCGUCGCCUCCGCCGCCAUGUGGAGAGGCGGCUCCGCUGCCGCCUCUGCCGCGAGGGCUCUCCGCUCGCGCCUGCUCGCGGAUCCCAUCCACCAUCCCUCCACGGCUAUCGGUCCCAUCGCUUCGGCGCGCGCUGCCUCCUCCGCGCCCUCUGCCACAGCCCCUGCACCCACCGUCGCUGAAGCGGCUGCCGCAGCGUCCGUUGUCUCGUCGGGAGACAGAUCCAUCUCUGAGGUGCUGCGGCACUACGGGGGUUGCUACUUGGAGCUCUCCAAAGCCCGUCUGAGCGCACUUGUUGUUGCGACAUCGGGGGCUGGAUAUGUGCUUGGGAGUGGGAACAUAAUAGAUAUUGUUGGACUUUGUUACACAUGCACUGGUACCAUGAUGGUUGCAGCAUCUGCCAAUACUCUCAACCAGGUGUUUGAGAUCAAAAAUGAUGCUAAAAUGAAAAGGACAAUGCGACGGCCCCUACCAUCUGGGCGCAUUAGUCCUAUGCAUGCUGCAAUGUGGGCUACAAGUGUUGGAGCUGCAGGGACAGCUUUGUUGGCUUGCAAGGCUAAUGGCUUAGCUGCUGGGCUUGCAGCAUCGAAUCUUAUCCUCUAUGCAUUUGUCUACACUCCAUUGAAGCAAAUACACCCUGUCAAUACAUGGGUGGGAGCAGUCGUUGGUGCCAUUCCUCCACUUCUAGGGUGGGCGGCUGCAGCAUCUGAAGUGUCACUCAACUCUAUGGUUCUCCCUGCUGCAUUGUACUAUUGGCAGUUACCCCAUUUCAUGGCCCUUGCAUACUUAUGCCGCGAUGAUUACCUUGCUGGAGGGUACCGGAUGCUCUCUUUUGCUGAUCCCACUGGUAAAAGAACUGCAUGGGUAUCACUCAGAAAUUGUCUAUACAUGCUGCCCUUGGGAUUAUUUGCAUACAACUGGGGUCUGACGUCUGAGUGGUUCAGUUUUGAAGCAUCACUUCUAACGAUGGGCCUUACAGUUGGAGCCUUAUCAUUUGUACUGGAUCCUACUCCGAAAAGUGCAAGAAGAAUGUUCCGUGGUAGCCUUUUGUAUCUUCCUCCUUUAAUGGCUGGACUUAUAUUGCAUCGGCUACCUAACGAACAAAACAAGGAUAACAUCCACCAGGCUAGUGAGAUCGAUGGGGUAAUCUAUGGUGCUGAGCUGCAGGAUGAAGAAAGAGCUAGACAAAAACGGGAAGACAGAAAACAUUAUCGUGCUCAAUCACGGCCUCCAGUUGCCUAUGCUUCUGUAGCCCCCUUCCCCUUCUUACCUGUACCUGUAUACGUCGCUCCACAAGCUCAUGAGUUAUGAAAGCCUUCCCCUUGCAGCCAGCCCAAAUGGCCCUUUAAGCGCGAUUGCGUGGGUCUUUUUGUUUCUGACUGUUCACAGGAAAUUUUCCGACUCAACAGACUCCUUGAUCCUUGUAUUGUUAAGAUUUGAGAAAUAAUAAACAGAGCUUAUUCCAAACAAAAAAAAUACAAAAUUGAGCUGUUUGGUUCA